GCCCUAUCGUCUGCUCUUUAUCGUCCUUCACACAACCCAAAUUACUACACGACUAAAGUUCCUAUUUCAUCCCCCCUUCUCUCACUCUCUCACUCUCUUUCUCUGGUUUUUAGUUUUGCUUUUCUUGUCCGUCGCCGGCGAUAAUCUCCUCUGAGAUUUCAAGCCUUUUGCCGGAGAAAUGAUGGUCCGUGCUAUAGAUUGUGGUUUAAAUUACGAAGAUGGAAGCGUGACGUUAUCUUACCGUCGCGUAAAUCGGAACUUUAACCGUAUGUAGAAACCCUAAGCAAAAGCGACUUUACUUAGCAGAGUUUAGAAGUUAUUCCAUGCUUUGUCUCGCGUAUCAGAGGCUAAAUAGUAUAUAAUAAUCGGAGGUGUAGAGUAGCUGUUUCAGCAUCAAAAGUCUCGAAUUUUGUUCGGCGCACUUUAUCUUUGGCAAAAUUCUGAAUUUCCGUUUCGAUUCGAUUUGCUGAUCUCAUUUUGUGGGGUUAUUGAUGAGUCUGGUGCAUCAUUUGUGGUUGUUUCGAUUGAUUUGUAGGGUUUAAACUUGUAACUAACCUUGUUGGAUUUUCUUUUACGUAAUUCCUUUUCUUCUUCCUCAAUUUUUGUACUCAAGACGAAGAGCUGAGAAAAUAAUUAGUAUAGAGUCUGUUGAGCUUUGGUAGAUUAGGAGCUAUUGAUCGUGAUUAAGAUUUUUGAAAAUGGAGGAGAAAUUAUGAUAAUACUCUGUUGACAUCGGUGGUGGGUUCAAGCAUUUCUCGUGGUCUUGAUCGCGCUGAUCAUGCCUUUUCAGAUGAAGAUCCAGCCAAUCGAUUCACACACCCAUGAAGAGUCGACUAGAUUGGAGCCAGCAAAGCUAGUGGUGAAAUCGCGUCUCAAGAGGCUCUUUGAGCUCCAAUUCCUGAGAAAUUCCGCCACUGAAAAGGUCGGCAUCGUUGAUGAGCCGCAUUUCCACAAGGACGGCGCUAAUGGCUCGACUGAGUUUGAGCCGAGCUCACUGUGCUUGGCGAAGAUGGUACAGAACUUCAUCGAGGAGAGCAACGAGAAGCAAUUGUCCACCGCAGUGAGGUGCGGCCGCAGUCGCUGCAACUGCUUCAACGGGAAAUGUAAUGACAGCUCGGAAGACGAAUUCGAAGCUUUUGGUGGUUUUGGUGACUCUAAUUUUGUUUCUUCCAGCGAAGGAAUUGAAAUUCUAAAGAGUUUGGUCCCUUGUGCAAGUGUUUCUGAGAGGAAUUUGCUAGCGGACACUGCGGGGAUCGUUGAUAAGAACAAGAUCUGCAAGCGCAAAGACGAUUUUUCCAUGAGGAUCGUUACUGAUGGAUUGCAGGCUCUUGGAUACGACGUUUCAAUCUGCAAAUCUCGUUGGGAAAAAUCCCCCACCCAUCCCUCCGGUGAGUAUGAGUACAUAGACGUGAUCAUCUCAGGCGAGAGACUGCUAAUUGACAUUGAUUUCAGAUCAGAAUUUGAAAUUGCUCGAUCAACCAAGGCCUACAAAUCUCUUCUUCAAUCUAUUCCCCACAUCUUUGUGGGCAAAGCCGGUCGUCUCCAGAAGAUCAUCUCCGUCGUAUCAAAUGCAGCCAAGCAGAGCCUCAAGAAGAAGGGUAUGCACAUUCCACCUUGGAGAAAAGCCGAGUAUGUCGAAGCUAAAUGGCUUUCUCCUUAUUUGCGAGCUACACCGCCUCUUUCCUCAUACAAAACCGGUCCCAAACCUCAAAAGGAGCAAACUUUGGUUCCAAAAGGGAUCAACAAUUUUCCACCGAGCGGCAAAGAGGAGAACUCGUUGGAGGAUACUGAGUUGGGCGAGUCUGUCUUUGCUUUGUCAUCUGAAAGUUCCGAGGAAGAAGAGAACGAGACGGUGGUGCGAGAAUGGAAACCACCUGAGAUUAAGCCCAAAAGUUUUCAGAUUGGGGUUAAGAUCGUGACGGGUUUGGCUUCAGUUAUUGAAGAUGAGCCAUGAAAUUUUGGUCUUUUGCUUUUCUUCUUUUUUUCUCCGAUUUUAAAUUUUGGAGAUCAAAUAUAAUAUUGUGAUAUAACCACUCGAAAUUCCCUUCUGCUUUUUUUGUAAGGGUCCGAUUUACUAAUAUCAAUAAAACUCUUUACUGUAAGAAUAGCAUACAGAUUAACAUAA